ACAACAAAGUCGACAAUACCAAUAAUGAAGACAACAGUUUCACUGACAAGAGUAUCCAGAAUGACAACUUCAACAACAAUAGUUCUAGUGAUAAAGGUUUACAAAACUACAGUUUCAAUAAUGAGAAAAUUAUUUUUAGAAGAAAAAUAAUAAUGUUAGUUUAA